GGAAGCAGAGGCAGGGGGAGUCUCUGGGCUACAGAGUUCCAGGACAGCCAGGGCUACACAGAGAAACUGUCUCAAAAACAAAACAAAAAAAUCAAUAAAUAAAAAUAAAAGAAAGAGAAAUAUAAGAUAAAUUCAAGUACAAGUUUUAGUGAGAAAUGUAUUCAUUUAUUGCCCAAGAUAAUGAAUUGGAAUCAUAACAGUGGCAGGCGUCCCUGAGAAUGAAAACGUGUGACAUUCCCCAUGUCUCCAUAAAGGAGAAAUGUCUCGACACAUCAAGCUAGGUAAGGAUAGUGAUGUUCCAUAGAGAGAGUGGAGGGAACACAGUGAGGUUAAGCCCAGUCCUCAAGGUCACUUAGGGCAAGAGAGCAAAAGCCCUGGCUCUGCCCUGAGUAGUAGGAAACAGGAACUCUUGUCAUUUACCUUCCUGAGCCAGUGCUGCCGGGGUGGGGGGGUGGGGGUAGGGAUGGCCUGUAGACGGGUACAAGGACACAGACCCAAGUUACCGAAGUUAUUAAGCCUGCUCCAUGUACCAAAAGUAGAGGAGAUCAGAGACUAGGCCUAAGAAAUAUACAUUUAUAAUCUGAAUAUUUUUAUUUAUAUAAAAAACACUACACACUGUACCUCCUCCCUUUCUCCCUUCUCCUGGGUAUGGCCAGAGGCCCAGGAGCCAUAUGGAACAUAGACUGUAGAACACAGAAGAAUGGAGGCCACCGAGCCUGGCCACUGAGCACCCUCAGCAAGGAGGGUCAAGAUGUUUAGAAGAUCCUGUGUGGCCCCCACAACUCAGUCCUCAGCCUGGAGUUCAGAAGCCCAUUUUCCUUAAGAGAAAACGGCUUUUAGAUGAGUUCUAAAAGUGAAGCCUCGCCAGAGAAUGGCGGCAGCAUGGCUGACUGCUGGCUGCUGGCUGCUGGCUGCUGGCUGCUGGCUGCUGGCUGCUGGCUGCUGGCUGCUGGCUGCUGGCUGCUGGCUGCUGGCUGCUGGCUGCUGGCUGCUGGCUGCUGGCUGCUGGCUGCUGGCUGCUGGCUGCUGGCUGCUGGCUGCUGGCUGCUGGCUGCUGGCUGCUGGCUGCUGGCUGCUGGCUGCUGGCUGUCCGUAGUUCAGGGCUUGCUCCAUUUCCUCUCCCUCCCGCUGCUGUCUCCAGGAUCAGGGGAAAGCAUGUUUGGGGGCGGGGGGUGGACAUGCAGAGUCUGGCCCGAGGGAAGUUCCAUGGAGCUAGCCUUGGGAACAUUAUCAGAUAGCUCUUGGCUUCCUCGAAGGUAAUAUGGCACUCAGGGCCGUACUCCCUCUCAGAGCAAGCUGUAGUUCCUGAGGGCAAGCUGAACAACAGCAAACAGCAGGCACUCUCCUGUGUGGACUGAAUGACCUGCCACAAUAAACACCACACCUUUAUCUGCUGUCUGACCUUACUUUCUAACCUUUAGCCAGUGGAUUCCCUAAUUUUUGGAUCUUUGAGCUCUGGAGGGACAAAGGAGUAGUGUGAGAGUGGGCUAAGUAGAUUUUCCCUAAACGUCCCAAUGAUGUUCCCAUUCCACAGAUGGGAAAGCCAAGGCCCAGAGGCAUGUAUUAUUUUGUCCACACAGGAAGGAGAGGGCUGAGAUUUGAAUUGGGUCUGCCUGACUUGAAGCUGGGAAGUCUUCCUCUGCAACCUUUGCCUUUGUUGUGUUAGACACUUACAGAUCAUAGCACUGCUUAUUGAUUUCCAAGACUAGUUAUUAAUCUAGUUCUGGAGGUUAAAUUUAGGAUGUUGUUUCUGCAGGCCAGGAGCUCUGCCACUGAGCUGUCCCCUAGCCCUGAAUUAACUGUUGUCUCUAGGGAAACUGGAGGCUGUCGACAGGUCUCCUCUUAGGGCGGUGGAAUGCCUAGCAUGUGCUGGAUGCUUGUGGGGUUGCGACUGAUAGUUUCUUCUAGAAGGAGACAGUAAGAUAAAUAGAGGAAUAGGGAGGGAGGGGUCCCACUGGUGAGUUAGAGGGUUCUGCCCCAAUCUCACUCCUUCCUGAGUUCUCCAUGUGCUCUGGGCCAGAUUUACUUGUCUGUGCCUGGGAAGCAGAACGACCAGCAAGUGUGCAAGCUUACGGAGCCUUUAAAGCUAAUCCCAGGACAGCCAGAGCUACACGGAAAAACUCUCAAAACAAGAAGUUAUUUUAGGGUUUGGGGAUUUAGCUCAGUGGUAGAGCACUUGCCUAGGAAGCGCAAGGCCCUGGGUUCAGUCCCCAGCUCCGAAAAAAAGAACCAAAAAAAAAAAAAAAAAAAAAAAGAGUUAUUUUUGAGCCAGGCAGUGGUGUCGCAUGCUUUUAAUCCCCACAUUCAGGAGGCAGAGACAGGCAGAUCUCUGAGUUCGAGGCCAGCCUGGUGUACAAAGAGAGUUCCAGGACAGUGACAGCUGCACAGAGAAACCUUGUCUUGAAAAAGAAGCCGAAGGAAGAAGAGGAAAGAAGAGGUAAGAGGAAGAAGAAAGAGGGAGAGGGAGGGAGAGAGAGACAGAGACAGAUAGAGAUAGAGACAGACAGACAGAAAGGAAAGGAAGGAAGGAAGGAAGGAAGGAAGAAAGAGAGAGAGAGAGAGAGAGAGAAAGAAAGAAAGAAAGAAAGAAAGAAAGAAAGAAAGAAAGAAAGAAAGAAAGAAAGGAAUGAAUGAAUGAAUUUCUUGUAGGCCCUAAGUAGGAUACUCUUAGUGUUCAAGAUUCUGGCUGCUGAGGUCAUGAACUCUUCAUUUUUGAGCUUCCUUCUACGUUCAUAUAAAGGAAUUUUCCAGGCAGUUUUUUUCCUUGUAAGCCCUUACAAUCUUGUCAAUUACAUAUUUAAAGUUUAAUCAUAUCCCUAUUUAUUAACAUGUAUCAUUAGGAUAAAUAUAAACUAGGGAAAAUGAGUGGUGAUUAUUAAUGCUCUCCAUUUAGACUUGGUUAGACUUGAGAGGUAGAGCAGGAGAAUGAGUUCACGGUCACCCUGACCUAUAUACUGAGCUUAAGACCAAGUGAGGCUUCCAUGCCCUGCCACAUGCCCACCCAAAAAAAAAGUUUCCCUAAGGUUGGCAGAUUUUGUCACGGGUAGCCCAGCUAAUUCUACAUUCCAGCCAGGCAUGUCAUGGAAUAGCAUUGGGAUGAUCUGUUACUUUUACCCAAGUAGCUUCAAAGAAAUAUGAUUUGUGUGUGUGUGUGUGUGUGUGUGUGUGUGUGUGUGUGUGUGUGUGUGUCCAGGAUGAGCCAUCAGGCUCACCCUAAUUAGUGUAGUGAGGCAUUUGGUAACUGCUUUAGUGGCUCAGAACAGGUCAGGAUGAUGGGGUUGCAAGACAGACAGAAGCCAAGGCUCUGAGUCACCUUCAGUUGAGCUACUCGGCCAGCCUGGCUGCACUGUUGCUGAAAGAGAAAUGAGCCUCUUUAGUCUACUAUAUAAUUAUUUUACUAGGUUUAGUAAACAUGAAAAUUUCAGAUGUCCAUACUUAAAGCUCCAAAUUUUCAUAAAUUGAAAAAAACUCUAGAAACCAAGACCUGAAUGCAGAUGUGUGCAGAACUGAGAACCAAUAGGUUGCUGUGUUCUGGAUCAAGUCAAGCAGACCCAAAAUAAAGUUUCAGCCCAUCUCCUUCCUCUGUAACGAUGGGCAAAGUGCUGCAUGUCUCCAGGCCUCAGCGUUCCCACUUGUGAAGUGGGAGCAUCACUGUGAGAACGCGGAUGCAGCUUGCAGCAUGCCUUCAUCUUCACAGACUUCUGCACUGACAGGAGAACAAGGAGAAUCUGACCUGCAGGACUGAGCUCUCAGGAGCGACAUCAUGGUGGGCCUCCAGGCCCAGCCAACCUCAGCUCAACACAGCCUGCUCCAGGAACUCGCAGCCAGCCCGUGGUUCCUGAGUUACAGCAUAUCACUCUUGCUUUAAGACAGUAUUCUGAGUGGUGUGUGAUGUUGCAAGAGACGUGAGUGACUCAAGCAGGCAUUGGUUGGGCUGCAUUUGCUCAGUAUGUUUGACCCAGUGUCACUUGUAGUAUGGAGACACUGAUCUGUGCAUGGAGUUGGUACUUGGGUAGCUUCUCGAUUGGGACUCAUAAUUGCUCCUAGAACCUUCUCGUAACAGGUCCUUUGGUGAACAGAUGUGUAAAUUUGUGCUCAUUCUAUAACAAGAAGAGAAUUUGUCAAACCACUGUAAUUUAUGCAACCAGCUUUAGUAGCUACUGCCAGACACUUCCAAAGCAAUGUGCCACGUUGCUCUCGAGCGGAUAUGCAGGAAGAGUCAGAGUUCCGGCUGUCCACCUUUGGCCACUCUCGGGGCUUUUGAACUUUACAACCCUCCAUUGUACAAAUAAAAGUGCUGAUGCUGAAGACUGCUCCACCAGAGUGAGCUCCAGGGGCCAAAAAUAGAACAAGGCUGGGCCAGCUGGCUUGGCCAUCUACUCUUCCCUACCAACUCCAGUGAAGAGGUCAAUUUCAUCACACAGCCCGGCUUGUAGACGGGGCCCUGUAUUUUUACACACUCACAUUUCCAUCUCCCAAGAGAAUAUCUCAGAGGUGGAUGGCAUGGAGAUCAGCAUCUCCAUUUCACAGCAGGACAGCAUGCCCGGGGUCCAAAGGCAUGUGGUCGUACCAGCAGGAGUAGGGUCUUGGACAUGCAUCGUGGUUUUUCCUGGCAAGGCCCUCUGCUUUUAAUGGUUUUAUGGUGGUUUCAAGUGAAGGCUGAAGAGACUGGGGACAGGUAGGAAGUGUUUGUGCCCAUGGAAAUAAGUACCAUUAAGUCUAAAUAUUACACACAGAACACCUAAUUCAUUCCCUAUGUUAAUUCUUCCAGAUCUGGAACACAGCAACCUGCAGGUUCUAAGUCCUGCACAGAGACAAGUGAAAAGCCCGGCCUCGGGUAAUGGUGACUGAAACCACUUAGCACUGCAUGUCCAGGGCUGAGCCCCGACCCCCACCCCUCUUCAUCUGGAAACCUUCUAGCAAUUGGCUGGGUUUUGUGAUUAAAAUGCAUGUAGCUGUUUAAAAUGAGGCCACACAGAAUGUUGCCCGUGCUUCACCCUAAGUAAGAAACAGACAACGGAAUACCACACAUAGUGACACUCCACUGUGGAAAAAAUAAAUCCAUAAAUCUGUACACCAAUGAAGGCAUGGAGGAAAGACAGGUGGGGCCAGAGAGAUGGUUUAGUUAGGAGCACUUGCUGCUCAUUUAAAAGACCCAGGUUCAGUUCCCAGCACCCACUUCAGGUAGCUCACAGCUGGCUGGAACUCCAUCUAUAUGGAACCUGAUGCUCCCUUUUGCUCUCCAUGAGCAUCUGCACUCGUGCACAUAAGGCCAUUUACACACACACGCACACGCACACGCACACACACACACACACGCACACUUAAAAAAUAAAAUCUGCAGGGUGUGACCGGCGCCCAGCAGGUAGGUCUCUGUUGUUCGAGGCUGGUCUACGUAGUGGUUCUAGGAGUAUGUUGACAGACUCUCUCACAAAGCUAAAGUAAAAUCUUUAAAACGUGUUGACUGUGGUUUAUCUGGUGGGGAAUGUGAAGGUGAACACACUGCUGGCUUCUGCCUUCACUUGCUUUGCAGUUGGGAUAGAUCAGCUUUAUUUUGUAAACUUACUUUAGAUGGUACAGUCACAAGUGUGCAGGGAAUUGAGCCAUGAGAACUGUCCCUGUCCUCUCUGCCUACCAUCCACUUGGCUCCCUCUGGAGGUGACAACAUGGCCCGCGUUUCUGCAUCCUAGUUUAUGUACAGGUCAGCAAAUACAUAUUUUCAGUUUUGUUGCUUUGUUUUGUUUGGACAGGGUUUCUCUGUGAAGCCCUGGUCAUCCUGGAACUCACUCUGUAGAGCGAGCUGGCCUCAAAUUCAGAGAUCCACCUGCCUCUGCUUCCUGAAUGCUAGGAUUAAAGGCGUGUGCCACCUGGCUGACUUUUCUCUUUUCUUUUCCCUUUAUUCCUUCCUUCCUUUUUUUUUUUUUAAGACAUAGCUUUUACAGUGAAUAGAUUGACCUAAUGGGAUAGUAUGGAAGGACUAGAUCACAAGACCUUUGUUUGUUUUUAAGGUUAAUGCUCUGUUUGCAUGUAUGUUAAAUGUUUGCAUGUAUGUUAAAUGUACUGCACUCACGCAGUGCCCAUGAAGGCCGGAAAGGUGGCGUCAGAACCCCUGGAACUGGAGUUACCCAUAGUUGUCAGCCAGCGUGUGGGUUCUGGGAACUGGACAACGGUCUCCUGGAAGAACAGCAGUGCUCUUAACUGUUGAGCUAUCUCUCCAGCCUCUUCAGGGCCUGUUUGUUUUUUAAGUAAAGGCUUUCCAGCCUGCAUGAUUUUAUGAUACAGAGAAUGGCAACGUGAGAAAAAUGGCCACCAAAUGGUGCUUAGAUGCGAUGGAGGCAGUGGAUUGCGAAACACAUUUCCAUAUUUAAAUACAAAGAAAAGACACAGGCUACGCACCCCCGGUGUGUGGACAGCUCUGCACCUAGGAUUCGGGGGACCUUAUUUCCUUCUUCCAGGAGGCAGUGUAGCUUUGAAAGUCAAUGGGUGGCUUAAUCUACACAUUAAUGUCCUCCUCUACAGAAUGGAGAAGAUGGUGAUAGGGUUGUCCUUGGGGCCAGGUUAUGAAAUUCACCGCCCCUGGAGAGUGUGCUUGCCAUAGCUGGUAAUUGUCAACAAUUAUACUCACCUGAGUUUCGUCAUUUCUCAGUCCCGGAUGUGUAUUACAGUAAGAGUUAAGCUUCAUUGAUAGAGUGGAGAACAAAUGAGAGGGGGUGUGGCCACAGAGGGGUGACAUCUAGAAGGCCCUAGAGAGAGGUAGUGAGCAUGCACGCCCAGAGAUGUAGGAAACAUGAUGUCAUGACUUCAGGCCUGGGAAAGACUCCCCACUGUUUACUCUCGCUAUAAUGGCAUGCCCAUGACCAGUGGUUUAUAGUUUAAGGAUUUCCAGAUAAUGGUUCAAGCUGCCAGUGACUUUCUGAUGCUUCAGUGCAUAGUGGAGAGAAAAUGGGCAGCUGGGACUUGUCAGUGACACAGAGGAAGACUUACUCCUCUUAAUGAUCUAAUCCCUUCCUAAUGGUGACAUCACCUCUCAGUGCUGUCACAAGCAACUGGCAAAGACUGUCUUGAGAGGGGACAAGCCGUACCUAAAGCACAGCAUUCCACACCUGCCCCUCACAACAUAAAAUACAACCACCACAUCCCUAAAUCCUGUUCCAAAGUCCAUCCCAACAUCUUCAUUUAUUCCCGAGCCAACUGCAAAGUCCAAGGUCCCACUUAUCAGCCUGUGAAAUGAAAAUAAGUUCUCCACAUCCAAAACACAUCAAGACCAGCAUAAGAUAGAUACGCUCCUGUUCCCGAGGGGUGACUCAAGCCAGCCGCCCACUAGGUCCCGAGUAUCUAGCAGAACUGCCAGCAUGUUCAACAGGCAUUGCGUUCUUCUUGGCUUGGCUGGAUCCCAUGUUCUGCCCACACAGCACAACCACUGAGAGAGCACAACAUGUGCCCGAAUACUCAGAUCCACUGUCCUCUGGGAAGAGAGGGAAACUCAAGGCCUGUUUCAUCCUCAGCUCUGACAAUUAGUAUCCAUAUUAGCUGGACUAAACGGCUUGCCGUCUGGAUCAGCCUGACAUCAGCAAAGGCUUGAAGAUAGAACUGUGUAAGUUCCCAACUUUUGUUCAAUUGACACAGUCUAAGUAAAAUAGCAACAUUGGAAGUCUCCAACCCUUACCUUUAAUUCCCAUAUCCUCUGCUCUGAAAAAAAAAAAAGGUUUUUUUCAUUAAAAAUCAUGCCAAAACAAUAUACUGUUAUGUUGUCUAUUCUUCUGGUGUCAGUGUUUAUAAUAAACUGUAGAUUACUGUCUAAGUUUUUUGGGGGGUGCAUAAACUGACAACAUGACUGGUUAUGUUAUAUUAACUGGUAUGGUUAAGUGGAAGGUUUUCUAUUGUAGAUGAGAGAGUGUACACCCAGAGGCAUCUGGCAGAGUCCAAAGCAGAGAGAGAAAAAUAAUAGACUGAACAUGGCCAACAGACUGACCUGGGACAGGAGAGCAGGGAUGGAGAGAGCAAAAGAGAAAGAGAGAGACUAGAACCAAGGGAGAGGACCCAAAAUGGAGGAGCUCCUCUGAGGUAGCAGGUGGGAGGAGCUGGGACCUGUGGAACCUGUGAGUCUGGAGACCAGCAUGCUCUUUGGUGCGCUAACAGCAACCACAGCCAUUUGUCCCUUCUGACAGUGAUAAGGAAUUGGCUCCUUUGGUAAAUGGGAACCUGCUUCACAAGUUCCAGAGGACUGCUGGCUUUGUCUAAUGGCCAGAACUUGAACCUGACAGGAAAUAUUUACACGAAUAGGAAAAAGCCAGGCUUCGAUUCAAGUGUCUACAAGGGUGAUGAGAAGUUUAAGUUUGCAGACCCAGAAUCAAAAUUAUCUUAUUAGUCAUCUGUUACCCAACUGUGUGUCUGAUCAAACAGUAAACAUUUAAAAUGCAUUUUUGGGAGACCACUUUUACCAAUUCAAAAGUCUAAGAAUGCCACAAAUUAACACCUGAAACCUACUCUCCUGUGGCCCAUCUACCCAUGGCUCUCACCUAUCAAUUUAGUAAAUGUGUUGGUUUACGGCUUUUUUCUGUUCUGUAACUAAUAAAAAUGUGUGUGUGUGUGUGUGUGUGUGUGUGUGUGUGUGUGUUUGUGUGUGUAAUAUGUCAGAGGUUAAGAGCACUUUCUGCUCUUGAAGAGGACCUAGGUUCAGUUCCCAGUAUCUACAUGGUGGCUCAUAAUGACCUGUAACUCUGGUUCCAGGAGAUCCAGACCCUCUUCUGGCUUUCAUAGGUUCUAGAAUACACGCGUGUGCGUGCGCGCGCGCGCGCGCACACACACACACACACACACACACACACACACACACCCCGCACAUAUCAUGAGCUUAUGGAACCACUUCAAUGGCAGACCAUGCCAUUCAGGACAACGUGAAUCUGCGUUCCUGGGUUGUGAUAUUGUCUCACAGUAACUACCUCGUGCUUUGGAGCAAGGCUUUAACGCCAGGGAUGAUCCACUUUCUCUAGAGCACUCGCCAAGAUCAGGGUCAAGUACUAUCUUGGGAUUCUCAUCGAAGGCUCCUCAAGCCGAACUGUCCACGUUGUGUUUCAGUCAGUGGCUACUGGUUUAUUCUGCCCAUCACCGUGCAUUCUUCCCCCUUGUUUCAGAGCAUUCUCGUUAUUUGUUUACAGCGUAUUUGGUCAGAAUAUUUAUUUGCUAGCAUUCAGUCUUUUCUCCCGCCAUUUCUUCAUGUUGUAUGACUGAAGAGAUGUGAACAAAUGUCUAUUCACUCCAGUGAGCUGGCUCCUUUUAUGUCAAUGUGACACAAGCUAGACUUCUUGAAGAGGAAGGAACCUCAAAUGGAGAAAAUGCCUCCAUGUGAUCAGGUUACAGGCAGGCCUGUAGGAUGUUUUCUCAGUGACUGAUGGGGAAGGCUCGGCUCAUUGUGGGUGGUGCCAUCCCUGGUCUGGUGCUUCCAGGUUCUGUAAGAAAGCAGGUGAGCAAGACAUGAAGAGAAAGUCUGGAAGCAGCGCCCCAACUUUCAUGGCCUCUGCAUCAGCUCCUGCCUCCAGGUCCCUGCCCUGCUUGAGUUCCUGUCCUGACUUCCUUCAGCGAUGAACAGUCUAAUGAAAGCUUAACUCAAAUAAUCUCUUUCCUCCCCAAGUUGCUUUGGGCAUGACUAAGACACCCCAGAUAAGACCCAGAUGACUGACUAGAGAGAAAUGGUUGCCGCUGAGCCUGUCUUGGUGGACCAUUGAGCUUCUUAGGGUCACUUACAGACUUCUGCUCACCUUAGAGUGACUAUGGCCCCACUGGCUUUUGUCAGUAGUGAUCUUUGAAGAUUUGACCUUGAUUCUUUUUAUCAAAAUGAUACAGAACAACUCAUCUCCAGUUACAACAGUUGUGGUGUUUUACCCUCUUGCCUGUUUCCUUCCUCCUAUCCCUUCCCAGAAGGCCUAUUCCUCCUCAACCCCCACCCUGCCUCUUGGCUGUGCUCCACCAAGUCUCAUGACUCUUGGUUCAGAGGUUCCAAGGUACUGCCUAGGCCAGGUACUUUUCCAGCUGGCUGCUCUGCUCCCCACAAGCAUGAACUAAAUUAAUUUAACUCUCAAAUUCCUGACACUCCCCACCCUCUUUUCUGAGUAUGUCUCAGAUAAAAAAAAAUUCCACUGUUUACAAAGGACUUCUUAGCCUGGCCACCCACAGACACGGAGAUGAUGGACUGACCCUCAGGAUGACGGGUGACCCAGAGAAGAGUGGCCAAGAGAAGAAUGUCCCAGAGAAGUGUGACCCAGAGAAGAGCCUGGGCAUGUUUUAUGCUUACUUCGCUUCUUGCAAUGUCCUGACUAAUUUCUUACCUUCACUAUCUUCAUUAACUUAAAGCCUUUAAAAAUUAUUUAUUUUUAUAUUUAUGGGUGUUUUGCUUGCAUGCAUGUCUGUGCACCAUGCGCAAGUCUCCAGAGGCCAGAAGACAUAGUUGGAUUUCCUGAGACUGGAGCUAGAAGCAGUUGUGAGCCACCAUGGGGUACUGGUUAUCAAACCUGGGUCCUCUGGAACAAGCAACCAAUGCUCUUAAACACCGAGCCAUCCCUCCAGCACUAAUGCUUAAAGUCUUUAAGAGGGCUAAAAUAUCCCAAAAUCCACAGUUUCAUUUUAUACAACUCUAGGCUAACCUAAGAUCUAUAAUUUCCUUUGCAUGUAUUUUUCCAUUGAGUAUUUACAUAUUUAAGAUUAAAAGUUUCUGCCAGCCAUGCCUGCAGUUCCAGCCAGCACUUAGGAAGAGGAGUUGGGAGGGUUACCAGAUGGGGGCUAGCCUUGGCGUCAAUAGUGAGUUUCACACCAGCCUAGGUUGCCAGGACAUACUGUCUCAAACAUAAAACAACAAUGAAACAAAGGAUGAGGCUCUUGGUAGAUUAAUUAGUUAAUUAAUUGAUGUUGCAGCCAUUAUGAAAAUAAAAACAAUCGGUCUGGUGAAGCUCAGUAAGUGUGGGCAUUUGCAGGAAGAUUCAGAACAGUGUGUAGAAUUUGCACAUUUGGAUAAAAGGAUGAGAAGAAACAAGGAACCCAGCCAUUGUACUUGUGCACACACAAGACAUCUUUGGAAAGAUACACUAAAAAUAUAUGGCAUAAUAUUUUAAUUUUGAGUACAACGAAGCUGUUGGGAAAAGGAAAUUUUUACUGCACAGUCAUGCUUUCCAUAUACUAAAGCACAUGAAUGCCCCUGUUCAAAUCUCUGAUUUUUCCUCCAUUAUAUACAGCUAUACAUAUAGCUACAUAUGUGAGUACAUGUAUGGAUAUAUGUAUGUGUGUAUAUACAUACAUGUGUGUCUAUAUACAUUUAUUUCUACUUAUUCAAAAGCCAUUGAAAGAACAUUAAAAGAAUAUGGGGACUAUAACAAAAAAAAUGACACGAGUUAAAAAUAAAUUUAACUUAAAAAUUUUAAAUGUGAGCAAAAAGAUGGCCAUGUGAGCUAUAUUUUUGGAAGAUAGUUAGGCCAUAGGACAGAUUACAGAGACACUUCCAGUCUUCCCUUGAACUUCUGUGUGUGCAUCAUUUUCAUUUUCCGUUAUUUGCCUGGUCAUGUUAUAGUGGUAAUAAUAAUAUAGUUCUAACUCACACCUACUGUGUUUCUGUGUGCCAUUUACUGUAUGUUAACAUUUCUAGAUAUUAUCUCAUUUAAUCUGCAGCCUGAGUAGGUGUGUGUGUGUGUGUGUGUGUGUGUGUGUGUGUGUGUGUGUGUGUGUGUACACAUAUAGCAGCCGAGGAGACUAUCAGAUGUUUCUGCUGUAUUUCUUUGAGGCAGAAUCUUUUGUCAAACCAGAAGCUUGCUGUUUGGCUAGCAUGGCUGGCAGGCUCCCAGGUCCUGUCAGCGUCCACUCCUCACCCUCUCCAACGCUGGAGCUACAGGCAUGUGCAGGUUUUUUCAUGAAUGUUUGGGAUUUGAAUUCAGGUCCUUGUGCUUGCAUAACGAAUACUCUUACCCACUGAACCAGCUCCCUAGUUGCACCCUACAAGGAAGGUGGACCCCCCAUCCCCUGAGCUGCAAGUGAGGAACCCAAGGCUUGGAGAAGUGAUGUCCUGUGCUCAUUGCCUGUAUUUAUUCAGAAGCCACUGACCCUGGAUUCCUAAUGGGUUGGCGGCUGGCUUGUUGAAGAAUUCAGGCACUUCCUGCUCAUACUUACAGUUCUCUCGUGUUUCUCUCUCUCUCUCUCUCUCUCUCUCUCUCUCUCUCUCUCUCUCUUUCUGGGGUGCUGGGUUAUGUGUAUUUUGCAAGAGCUUUGGUGUGACUUCAUUGCAAGGGCUCAGAGCAGUCAUGUAUCUGGCUUCAGGGAUCUCCUACCUUCCCAUCAAAGCCAGGCUGAGUGUGAGUCCAGACAGGUCAGCCCAGGGUAAAAAGACUUGAGCUCCUCCCUUUCUGAAAAAGACGCUUGCAAGGAUGAGUGAACUUCCUCCUGCCAGCUCAGAGAAAGCAAGGGUGACUCACAAAAGCAAAUGUCCAGUCUCCUGUAAAUGCAGAGGUCCAAAGUCAUCUGAGGAGGGAAGAGGAAAGCCAGCCAGAGAGUGGAUCAAGAGCUGGAUGACCCAUGCCAACAAGGCUGGCCCCCAGCGACCUGGAAGCCAGUGAGGAAGCCAAAGCACCUGCCUGAAGGCUGGGCUGAGGAGGAGACUGGCCGAAGCUGAAACAGUAGGAAGGGGUCCUGGGCUUCCUCAACAGAAGAAAGUGGAGUUCAGAGAAGCCAUUGAUUCAGAUCAGCAAGAGUCUUGUUUCAAAUUGCCUAUGGACGUCAUGAGAGAAAAGAGAAGGUCAGUUUCAUUCCCCUUUAUAUAGCUCAGUAUAGGAUAUAUGUACCUGGUAUAGCGGCUGGCAUGGGGAAGCAUUCAGUUAGUUAUUGGGUAGGUGAAUAGCUCGUUGCAUGGGGCAUCCACACAGAUCCUAGUGGCUCUCCCUGCUUUGGUCAUGGCUGUACCAUCUCUCCCUAAAUGUCAUCUCCUUAAAGAUGAAGCAUUUUCGGAGCUUUGUCUUUGGAGCAGAGACUUAGAUCUAGAUAAAGCCAGGAGGCCUCGGGUCAAAGUGGACACAGGUUUUGCUUCAGGCAUCCAUUUGGUCAGGGAAUAGAGCAUCACGUCAGUUCUCUAAGGAAGUCGGGCUGCCCCAAAUUCUCCCUACACAGCCCCUGCAUUCCCACCUGGAGUCUUCACCAACCCGAGGAAUCUCAGAGGAAACAGGAACAUUUCCUAUUCGGCUUUUUCCACAUAUCCUGCAGAUAGACUGAAUGGACACAGCUUCUGUGUUUGUGGCUGUGAGUGGUAGAAUAGAAUUUCAAAAUCAUGUCCCAGUGCCAUCGUAACUAGCUAGGGUCACUUCUCAUUUCCAUGGAGAGUGAGUGGUUUCGAUAGAGAAGUAGUUUUCUUAAAUACCCCACCCCUGCCCCCACUCCCUCGGACAGCAGCUCAGCUCCUCAAAUCAUUUAUAUGACCAACAUAGGCAAGAGAUUAAAAAUCAAGUGCUUCCGCUUGAAAUGAGGAAGCAGGGCAAGGAUGCUUCUCUUCCAGACUGUCUGAAUGUCCCUUUUUGGGACUGUUGACUGUCCCUGCCCUAAAGGGUUGCCUAUUUUGGCUGCAGCUACCAGGUUAAAAGAUGAGGCGAUGGGCUGGAGAGAUGGCUCAGAGUUUAAGAGCACUGUCUGCUCUUCCAGAGGUCCUGAGUUCAAUUCCCAGAAACCACAUCAAUGGCUCACAACCAUCCAUAAUGGGAUCUGGUGCCCUCUUCUGGCCUGCAGGAAUACAUGCAGGCAGAAAGCUGUAUGAUGUAUACAUAAUAAAUAAAUAAAUGUUAAAAAAAAAAAGAAAGAAAAUUUGUAAAAAAAAAAAAGUAAAAAAAAAAGAUGAGGUGAUGAAGAGGCUUUGGGGAGUUUGAUAGUCAGAUCUUUUAGGUGUAUGCAGCGAGUGGAAGAUAUGGCAGGCAACUCCUGUGUGCAAGGAGAAGAUGCCAGCCUUUUAGAAAAAAAACGAGGGCCCAAGAGAGAGGAAACCCAGAAGACCUGCCCUCAUGGUGAUCUAGGAAGAGGAAACUGUCACCCUUCCCUUCCCAGGCUGAUGAUUUCAGGUAUGAAAGGGGCCACCUUUGGACCUGUGUCUGCUCUACAUUCAACUGCUAGUCACACCCUUUGUGUGUGUGUGUGUUCACGAAUGCUUCUCUGUGUGUCAUUUGGGUCUCCCAGGCACCACUCUGGCCUUGAUUCCAGGCAAGCGUGCUAAGGCUGCAGCCAAGGCUACCUGGCAGCUCCAGGUGCUGUGAGCAUGCUGUCAUGGAAACGGCCCUGGGGUUGGUGGCAAGGCGGCAGUUUCCCAAAGCAGAACAGGAGAGGGAGAGCCGGGGAAACUCGGACCCUUCAGAGUGGUCGCUCCGAUUCCCCUCCUACGAUUCACAAAACCCAGGGCAUCCCCGUGAGGUUCUGGCUCCCUAAAUGUGAUCAGAGGAUGAGUGAACCACAGGUCCAGGAGCUCAAAGCCGAGUGCCCUGUCUGCUGGAACCCUUUCAACAACACGUUCCACACCCCCAAAGUGCUAGACUGCUGUCACUCCUUCUGCGUGGAGUGCUUGGCCCACCUCAGCCUGGUGAGCCCGGCCAGGCGCCGCUUGCUCUGCCCACUCUGUCGUCAGACCACCGUGCUGGCUUCAGGGCAACCAGUCACUGACUUACCUACAGACACUGCCAUGCUGACCCUGCUCCGCCUAGAGCCCCACCAUGUCAUCCUCGAGGGCCACCAGCUCUGUCUCAAGGACCAGCCCAAGAGCCGCUACUUCCUGCGUCAGCCUCGGGUCUACACCCUGGACCUCGGCCCUGAGCCAGGGAGCCAGACUGGGCUUCCUCAGGACACAGCCCCUGACACCAGGCCGGUGCCCAUCCCCAGUCACUACUCUCUCAGAGAGUGUGUCCGAAACCCUCACUUCCGGAUCUUUGCCUAUCUGAUGGCUGUCAUCCUCAGCGUCACCCUGCUUCUCAUCUUCUCCAUCUUUUGGACUAAGCAGCUCUUUUGGGGCAUGGGAUGAGCACAUUGUGUUCCAGGACAAGGAGCAGAGCCGUUCACAGUGGCUGCUGGACCGAGGACUACUGAACUGCCUUUGGUGUUACCUUUCUUGUAGUAUUGCUCAUUUCACAGCUCGGGGAUCAGCUAGGUCUGCGUUGGAGAACAGAUGCCCGACAGGAAGAGAAGAGCUGAAGGGUCAGAGACCUGAUCUUAAACUAGGGGGGUCAUGGAGAGUACAGAAACAGUUCUAUGGCUACAUAGCCACAUAGUGAGUUGUGCCAAAGGGCUGGACAGUACCACCCAGUCAUCCAACUGGCUGAGAUAGCUUGUAGCAUCUUUCACUGGACCGGAGUUGAACUGUGUUGCUGAAAUUCUGGAAAGUGUUUCGAUUCUGUGAGCCCCUGUGCCUCCCCUCCUCCCCCAUUUCAGCUUUUUCUGAUCCUUGCCACUGUUCCCAGUAAAGGUCGUCUGCAUUCUCUAA